CUUGAACAGUAACUGGUCCAGAUGAAGUGGGUUGUUGGCCAAAAGAUUGUCAGAAAUGUCGUUUAAGAAUGCAUUGCAUUUGGUGGAAUUUUUGUUACAAGGGUUGUUGGCGAAGGACCAAAUGAGGCUAUGAGGAAAGUGUCUUGGAUAUCUUGAUGGAAGGAAUCUAAUGGGUUUGGAGUCUUGAUGAAAUGUAGCUGUGGGAUAUAGAUAUGAAGCCAUGGGUUUGAGAUGAGUGAUUCGAAACAGGCAUCUCAGGUUUAUCCUCACGUAUGGAUAUGUGGAGCAAAAGAAAACAACGAUGCAGCACAGCUUCUUCAUUUUUUCGCCUGUAGAGGCUCAUCGUCUUCUAAUUUCCCGAAUGGAUAAACAGAUGGAUUUGAGGAUUGACGAGGUGUUCAAUUUCAGGCACGAAAGCCGUGAAAAUGGUUGUGGAACUGAAGCCAAACCCACUCUUUGCAAAUUUGAGAGGUUUCUUUUGAAGGAGAUUAGACAGAAAAUCGAGGUUGUAAAGAGCCGACACCAAGAGCAAAGACGAGACAGCAACGGGCAAAGGCCCAAAGAGCCACAAGAGGAGAGGGAAAGCGAGGCAGAGCAGUCUAUUCCCCACCACCGCCAGCACGAAGCCUCUCUCGACCACCGUAUCCGUGCCACCGCCAAGGAGCUGCACAGAAAGCUGGCCGCCAAGAAUAGAGAGGCCGACCCGUAUUUGAGGGCCAUCAUCCGGCCCGACUCUGACCCCAAGGACAGGAAUCGGCCCGCAUUAUUGAAGGCAUUGUUGGCGAGAGCUCCCAAGGAGAGUGUGACGAGGAUGGUCACUGUUGCCAUUAAAAUGGCAAACAUGAGCGUGUUUCUCAAGCUCUGUACUGCAAGCAUGCCCUUCUUGUCAUCUCCCUGCAUUAUUCAAAAUUACUUUUCUUUNAAAGAGCUAGAACCUAGAAUGUGUCCAUGCGCGGCGUUUGAGCAUGUUGAGGCCGAUGGAAGUUGCAUAGGGUCUGUGCUUGAGGUUGUGCCACAAGUAAGCAUGGUAGCCUAUUGUGAAGAAGAUGCUAAUGGGAACUAA